UUGACUCCAGGUGGCGCUUAGUUACUUCCGGUAGCGUAGCACUUACUACCCAUACAUUGCCUCUUGAACGAUCGGUGCGAUCUAGUUGGCCGAGAACCAUGGCUCCGAAAGAAUCGACACCUUUGAUGGAUCCUGGCACUGUACCCGGCGAUCUUGCCGAGAUCACUGAUACUGCAGUCCGUCAUGGCUUCAUCCGAAAAGUCUUUGGUAUCCUGGGAGCUCAGCUUGUCGCUACCUCUGUGGUAGCUGGUUCAAUCGCGGUCUUGGGUGCGAAGCUUGUGGUUUACAAUCCAGUUUUGGUAUCGGUGUUAAUGGUGCUCUCCAUGGUGAUGCUCAUCAGUAUGACCUGUGUCUUCAUUUGCUGCCCUGACACUAUGAGAACGACCCCGCAGAACUACAUUUUGCUGUCGCUCUUCACAUUGGCAGAGGCGGUGUUGGUGGGCUUCAUUUGCGUCCAAUACACCAUCCAGUCUGUGCUUGUGACAUUUGCCGUCACAGCUCUGGUGACUUUGGCACUCAUGCUCUUCAGUCUCCAGACGACGUAUGACUUCACCGGCUUUCUUCCGUACAUGUUCGCUGGUUGCCUGGUGCUGAUGUUCAUGGGCUUGGCCAUCUCCAUCUCAGCCGCCUUUGGGGCUGCAGGCAGUGGCGCCUUCAAAGUUCUGAAUAUCGUGUACGCUUCGUUCGGUGCGCUUUUCUUCUCUUUUUACAUUAUCCUGGACACCCAGCUGAUUUUGGGCGGAAAGCACAGCAAAUUUAGGUUCCAGUUGGAUGACUACUGCAUGGCGGCCAUCAACAUCUAUUUGGACAUCGUGCAGCUCUUUCUGUUCCUGUUGCAGCUCUUGGGUGAGCGGAAAUGAUCACAGCAGCUAGGCCUACAGGCUCCACUGGCCGCCAAGACCAUGGGAGAGUGAA